GUAGUGGCUUGCCCGGCGUAUCCAACAGAACGACAGCUCGCGGCCAUUAUCCUCGAAGGUCUCGCCUACUUAUCCUCGAUGGGAUUGCAGCACGGCUCAUUGACAUGCUCGAAUGUACUUCUGAAGCCGAGCGGAGAGAUCGUCUUAGCAAACCAGGAGUGCUACCGCACCACCAACGCACCCGACACGACCGACGUCAGAGCCGUCGGAUGUAUCGCGAUGGAACUGAUGCAGAAGUAUACAAAAGACGACGGAGCCAUAGGCAUCGAGAACCUCAAUCGAUGGCCUGUAAACUCCACACCCGUGAGAUUUUUGUCGAUGACUACAUCUGCAGAGUCGGUAGGAGAGUUACAACAG